AUGGACCGACUCCCCUUCGCAGUCGUGGCCUUCACGAAUUUGCUUAGCGUGGGAACAGUCUACGCCUUGUCUACCAUCCAAGCAGAAAUACCACGACUGUUUGGAGUUUCGAAUCAAUGGAGCCUUUCGCCAUUUGCGGUCGCCUGUGCAGGAUUAUCCCUUGGUGUUCUGAUGAGCACAUCUAUGAUCAGGGACAGUGGUGCCUUGAAUGUUGCGACAAGAGGGACAAUUAUCUGGGGAGUCUCUGUCAUGGCUGCUGGAUACUCCCUGACCUCCUUGAAUCUCGCAGUUCUUCUCUUUUCAUUCUUUAUCGGUGGCAUUGGUGUUGGGCUGACAUACCUUGCCGUAUCUAUCCUUCUCAACCAAAGAUUCCCCGACAACAGGCUGGCUCGGAGCGCCCUCGGUCCUCUUGGUUUCUCAACUGGGGUAGCGGCUUGUUUGACUCUGGCUUCUCUUGCUUCGUUCAGUAAGAUUGAUGAAACACGACUUGGUCAGAUAACCUCUAUUGGUGGCAUAACAUUCACGGCUGCUUCAAUAACCACUUGCUACAUGUUGCCAGUGAGCACUGAGAAAGACUCUCUCCCUACUCGAAAUACCGAUACCAAUGCUAUCUCUUCAGAGAGAUUCUUCUCGAUCUUACUCUUUUUCAAUGCCUUGCCCGGAAUGACGGUCUUCGCCGCUCUACUACCAAUUGCAUCCAGGUACGGGCAAAACUCAAGCUGUGACUGGAUGCAAAUCUUGACUUGGAGUAUGAUCGCACUCGCUAGUGGUGGCAUUCUGGCACCAUUUCUAAGCGCAAGACUUGGCGCACGGAAUACCUUGACAUCUCUAUUCUGCUUACGAGGCAUGCUUAUUCUGAUGCUCUCUCAAUCUCGCGAGCCUCUCCUGGCAAUAAUCACCUUCUGUAUUAUUUUGUUCGGUCAUGGAGCCGGUUUCAGUAUUCUUCCAGGCUUGCUCAUGGCCCGCUGUACUCAAAUUACCCAAUUUUCUUAUUGCUAUGGUCGGAUUCUGGUAGCCUGGGGGCUAGCUGGAGUUGUUGGGUGUAUUCUUGAUGCGGCAUUGGUUUCUGUGACUGGAGAUGCUACUACUGUGAACCUUGUGCUUGGCUUGAUCACAUUUUCUUUUGGCGUGGUGCUAUACUUUGUUCCACGUGUGGGUGAUAGUGCUCUUGUUUAG